AUGCUAUCCAAUAACAACAACAACAACAGCAACAAGCAGACGACAAUACAGACAGCACUGCCAGGUCGAGGCGUGAUCCGGCUUGAGAUUUACGUCGACCUGCUCUGCCCGUGGUGCUUCGUCGAAAAGCACAGCCUGGAUGCGCUGACGAGCACGUACGCCGAGGAGCACCCGGACGUGCGCUUCGAGGUGACGUGGAAGCCGUAUUACAUUGCGCCGGCCAUGGGGAAGCACAACGUCGACAAGCGCUCCAUCUACGAGCGCCUCGACGCCCUCAACGCACACUUCCUCUCCCGGAUCCGCGUCGCCGGCGCCAAGCACGGCAUCGCCUUUUCCAUCCGCGGCCUCACGGGAAACACCCGCCCCGCGCACCGGCUCAUCGCCCUGGCCCUGCGCGAGCGCGGCGCCCAGGCCCAGGCGCGCGUCGUCGAGAUGCUCUUCCAGGGCCACUUUGAGGACGGGCGGGACCUGAGCGACGAGGCGUGGCUGGUGGAUGUUGGGGUUCAGGCUGCGGCGGCUGCUGGCAUGGAGGAGGAGGUGGUGAGGGCGGCGUUGGCGGAUGAGGACGGGGAAGGGAGGAGGGUGGAUGAGGUUGCCGAGAGGGCGAGGAGGGAGUUUGGCGUCGAGGCCGUGCCGUGUGUUGUGGUGCAGGGGAGGUACAAGGUGGGAGGGUAUCAGGAGGGGGACGUGUUUGAGAGGUUGUUUGACAAGAUACGGCUGGGGGGAGAGGUUUUGUAG